UAGUUGGCAGUGUCAUAUAUGUCAUAGUUUCAUCAGGCAUUGUUAAGUUUCUAUCUUUCGUUUCUAUUUAUAUACAAAGUCAGUUUUCAGGAUUUUCAAAAUUGUUAAAAAAAAAUUGUAACUUUUUACGAUCUCACAGAGACCUACAGAAAUUUCAAUCGCUUAAAUAUGGCACCCUUAUCAAGAGUAUACAAAAUUAUGCAACGUGAGAGCCCCUACUCGAAGGAGGCCGCCCUGAGUAACUUGGCCAAGCGCGAGUUGGCCAACGGCCUCGACAAGGAUCCAAUUUACAAAUUGCGCCUCCAGUGCUUCAGUCGCGGUGCCACUGGCAUCUUGGGCCUGGCCAGGACAUUUCGAGUGAUGGACGAUGAUGGCAGCAAGAGUCUUAAUGCGGAGGAGUUCAAGAAGGGAGUCUCUGAUAUCGGCCUGGAGUUGAGCGACUCUGAAAUCCAGCAGAUGUUCACCAGCUUCGAUACUGAUGGAAGCGGCAGCAUCAAUAUGACCGAAUUUUUGGUACAACUUCGGCCUCCCAUGAACAAAACCCGUAUCGGUAUCAUCGAAAAGGCAUUUGACAAGAUGGAUGUCAACGGUGAUGGGCAAAUAACUGCCGUCGACUUGAAGAAUGUCUACUCAGUGCGGGAGCAUCCGAAAUAUCAAAGCGGCGAGUUGACAGAGAAUGAGAUUUUUGAGGCCUUCCUCAAAAACUUUGAGGCUGGAGCUCCGAAUCCGGAUGGCAUCGUGACCAAGGAGGAAUUUAUCAACUACUACGCCACGAUCAGUGCCUCGAUCGACAACGACGCCUACUUUGAUCUGAUGAUGCGACGCGCCUAUAAACUCUAGAUUGUGUUCCUUUCAGCAGUUCCAAAUUUAACGUCCAUUCGCCGUCUUUAAAGCUUGAUGAUCAGCGCACUAAAAUAAUAACUAAAAGCCAAUGUUUUAAUUAAAAUAACUAGUUAU